UUCCCUGGUGUAUUUCUGGAAUGGCAAAGCAAGUAUAUAGUUUUAGCGUAUUUCGCAUUUUACGCAACAGUUGUUAGACGCCUUUGAUUUUUUUGGACAUUUUCCAUUUUUAUUUUAUAAUUUUUUUAAUAUUUUUCUUGUUGCACAUGCUUAUAUUUUUAGACGUUUUGUUUCAGCGGUUAUAAACAUAGAAUAAUGCAGAUUGUAAGCAAACUCGAUCCCAGGACUUUUUCCUCUUUUUGCCAUCCCGUUAUAAAAGAGACAAAGAGCCCAGGGUUGAGGUUGAAAUAAAUAUUUUUAUUAGAUGAUUUAAGGCACUGAUAUUGAAUAGAAGAGAUGGAUAAAAUUAGAACAGCUGUACCUACGUUACCGAAAGGAUGGGUUAAAGAAAUUGUUAUCAGAAAAUCAGGAGCAUCUGCUGGGAAAUCUGAUGUUUACUAUUACAGUCCAGAUGGAAAAAAAUGUAGAUCAAAACCACAGAUGCUUCAAUAUCUACCAGAUGACUUUAACAUCGAAAAUUUUGAUUUUCGUGCUGGAAAGAAUACAGAUGCAGUCUUCAAAAAAAAGAAAAGACGCAGAGAAGAUUUCAAUUUUGGAAGAGACUUUAAUAUUUCUGGCAGUGAUGUAAAACCAUGUCGGCAAGUAAAGAAGGACAGGGAAAACAUCAGUGCAAAGAUUAUGAAAAAAGAAGAACAUGGAAGCCACUAUAAAAAGCGUGGGGUCGCUGAGAAUGAACAAAAAAAAAGGCGUGCUGAAAAUCUGUCCCAACGUUACACGACUCCCAAGCAAUUAUUUUGGCAGCGAAGAUUGCAACAUUUAAAACCAGUCAAUGAAAGUACAUUGCAGUUUAACAAAAGUUCCCAAUUAGGUAUAUUUAUGAAAGAUAUAUUACCCGGAAGUAAUAACCAAGCCCUAUUGAACUCUGUUUGGUAUUCUUUAUUUGUUGGGAACAAAGUUGCUGGUCAACAUGCCUCUACAAACGCGUUGCGGAAACAUCCCACAGCUUUGUGCAAUAUCGAUCAACCUUUUACUACUCCGUUUACGAUUACUGAAGAAAUGUUGCACAUUCAAGAAAAAAAGGUUGAAGCUGCUCGUAAGAAGUUGUGUGAAGCACAUGAAUUGUUGUGUGCUCUGGAAGAUGAAGAUGAUGAUGAUAUUGAUGAUAUGGAAGAGUAGGAUUCAACAAGAGUACAAUAUUUGUUGAAAAACUAUCAGACUGUUUGUGUUAAAAAAGAAUUUGAACAAGUGUAUUUGUAAUUUAUUUUAUACAUACAUAAAUAUAUAUAUACAUGUCCUUAAA